GUCAUCGACAUGCGACAUCCAGUGGCAAGCGUGCAUUAAUGGCGUGUGUCGUGAAAUGACGCCAAACAAAUAAUUUACGCGUGAAAAAGAGCCACAACGGCUUUGGAAUGUAAACAAUAUCGUGCUUUUACUUCUCGUAGAUGUGGCGUAAAGUGGACGAUAUCUGAACGACGGCGGUUUUAUCAAGUCAAGCAGCGCAGGUGUCCAAAAUGGCCAAGAGUCAGCCUUGGAAAGUCUCAAGGUCAGAAAGAUGAGCACAAGGAGCUCUGAUAUUCCCUUUUUACCUUGAGAAUAAAGACCUGAAGUAGCGACACAAACUGGACCAUGGCCCUAAACCAACAUUGUCUCAGGAAAAAGACCCAAACAAAUCCAGACUGACGUCGAUCAAUAUAUUACUUGAUGCCCUCAUGUGACCCUGCAUCGUCUCGAAACUACCAAAUGUACUGGACGGGAAAGCACGGAAACAAAGGGAAGUGCGCCAACUGCACGCAAGCCUCCAUGUCUUCAGUCAAGGGAGUUUCACGUCUCUCCCGGCGGACGAAGAGACCUCUGUAUUGCAAAUCACAGCUGUGGAUGUGGAGGAAACGACAACGGAAAUGCUGUUUUACCUUUUUUCGAGGCAACAGGUUAAUACGAGAGAGGCGCAACAGUCUGCCCUGCCUCAACCCAAACAGAAAAUCACAGAAAAACGAAGAGCAUCUUCACUCGUGUCCCUCCCCAAUUCUAGAAUGUUCUCAAGUGAAAACCGUUGUGGAAGCCAAUCUCCAAUGUGGUAGUGAAAGUUCAGAAGACGCGCUUAGGCGGACGAAGAGACCUCUGUAUUGUAAAUUACAGAUGUGGAUGUGGAGGAAGCGACAACAGAAAUGCUGUUUCACCUUUUUUCGAGGCAACAGAUUAAUACGAGAGAGGCGCAACAGUCUGCCCUGCCUCAACCCAAACAGAAAAUCACAGACAAACGAAGAGCAUCUUCACUCGUGUCCCUCCCCAAUUCUAGAAGGUUCUCAAGUGAAAACCGUUGUGGAAUCCAAUCUCCAAUGUGGUAGUGAAAGUUCAGAAGACGCGCUUAAAAAGCGGACUUCCGAGGUAGAAACAUGUACAAUGUCGCAAACAUGCUCAUCCAGUUCUGUAGAGGAGAAUCAGUGCAACAAUACUUCAUCUUCACAUGGAACUCCACCUGCUGUAGAGUUCAAUGCAUUUGCAGAUCCCACUGAAUGGCUACUAACUCGGUUAGAUUCAUGGGGUGAGAAUAAAAACAACCAUUUUACCGCUCAAAAGACUGUGGCAGACGACCAAAUGGGAUCCCUUCUGGAUCCACAUCUAAAUGCAGAUCCUAAGAUCUCUAGCAAGAACACAAUACACCCUCAAAUCAAUGGUGGCCUCACAGUACUGACAAACAGUAUCCAUGAUUAUCUUGGUGACUUCUUCAGAAUGUAUGGAACCUUCAUCCCACUUCAAGAGGAUGACGUGUUGAAUCACCUGAAGAGACUCUUUCACACAGAUUUCACUCAUGGGAAAACUUUAAUCUUGGAGGUUAUUAAACGCAGAUUGACUGCAGUGCUGUGGAAACCUGCGUCUUCCUUCCGAGUGGUCUUUAAGAAACACACCCUGACAUUGGAUGAUUUGUCCACACUAGCGCAUGAAAAUUGGCUCAACGACCAGGUCAUGAACAUGUAUGGGGAACUAAUUAUGGAAGCUUCUCAACACAAGGUCCAUUUUAUCAACAGCUUCUUCCACCGACAGCUCAUGACCAAAGGCUAUGAUGGCGUGAAGAGAUGGACAAAGCAGGUUGAUUUGUUCUCCAAGACUCUGCUGUUGGUGCCCGUCCACCUGGAAGUGCAUUGGUGUCUGGUUGUCGCAGACAUCGCCAGAAGGAAAAUCUGUCUCUUCGACUCUCAAGGGAAUGCACUGCGCAAAGUUGCACGGAAUAUCCUGAAGUACCUGAUAACCGAAGCAACUGAGAAACAACAGACGUCGUUUGUAAGUGAUUGGGCUGUGUCCUUCGAUGAGAAUGUCCCAAAGCAAACCAACGAAAAUGACUGCGGUGUUUUUGUCUUGGAGUAUUGCAGAUGCCUCGCCUUGGGUCAGCCACUCCAUUUCUCACAGGCCGACAUACCAAAGAUACGCAAGCGGAUCUACAAAGAACUCUGUGAAUGUAAGCUCCAUUGCUAGCAAUCCGUCAUGAUGUAAGCGUAUGAUACCUUUCAUUUUUAGAUACCGUGUUUUCCGGAUUAUAGAGCGCUAAAAGCUACUAAAUUGUAGGAAAACAUUUGUUCAUAUGUAUUAGCCACACCGAAGAUAUUGUGAAAUAAGUUAUUCACACAGAAAGAUUUGAUGAAUUGUUUAUUUACAUAAAUUAAUUGUUUCCAAACAUUGCCUGUAAAACGGCUGAUCAGACUUGUGGAAGCGAGCUCUCCAAUCAGCUAAACAGACUCAAUAAGACUUGGUAAAUUUAUUGAGGAUUUUGUGACACUGGGACAAUACAAACAGAAUGCCAUUGCAAGGUAAUAAUGCGAACACAGACACUCGUAAACUAACAACGCCAGCUUCAUUACAUUACAACGCAUGAAAACACUCCUACAGACAUCACACAUGGGACGGUUUAGUAUGAAACAAUAGUUAUAUUGCAAAACUUACAAACGUUGCUCGGAGUGAUAAAUGAGGAAUCCAUAUGAGUAGAAACGCUAGUAACGAUUAGAACGACACUUUUACUUCCGGUUCAAAGCUUCAAACAGCAGGAAACAUUUUUACCUGCAAUGAGUGAACUCAUCCAAAAGACGAUAAAAAAAAUACCACACC